AAAGAACCAUCGCCUCAGUUGUGGGUUGACUUGUUUGUGUUGUGACCGAGAUCAGAGCUGUCACUUGAUUAAUUUUUCUCAAAUUACAUGAGAUUCUGUUGCCACAGUCCAGAGAAUUAAUAGCUAUGCAUUGGCAGUCAUGGAAGCCCCACAUGCUAGUCUUUCUACGUCAAGAAUUGCUGUCAAGUGUCCCUGACCAAAUUCUCAGCUAAUAUGGAGAACGAUGACAAUGAGUGCGGGAUGACCAGCUGGUUGCGAGGGUCACCCCUGCGCACGUCGCUGGGCCGGCGUCGUGCUCCGUCCCCUCUCCACGAUGUUGACCCUGCGGCUGCGUUCCACUCAUUCAUUAAACACUGGCAGCAAACAUGUGAAAUCUUUGCCAGAACCCAGCUGAGGGGACAGGCAUGUGUUGAUGACGUCACUGCUGUCAUCAACCACCUUGCACAGAUGGUCACACUUCUGCUGGUGGACUUACGGCAGAUAAUGGCUCACAACACACGUACUCAGAAUGGUAUUGGUCAGAAAAAUAACAAUGGCAACGAAGUGAAAAAUACAACGCAUUCUCCUGAAGGUAGUAAAGACUCUAACAACCAACAUGCAUCUUUGCCAGCAGAAAAUCCUCCUCAUACUCCAAUCUUUGACCACUUCCUGGGGGAAGAAAUUCUUGACAAAGUUCUCACUUGGAGCCUCAAUACUGGGGAAUUUGUGAAUCCCCUCAAGUUGGAACAAUUAAAGGUUCAUGAGCAAUUACUUAGCCACUCAAGGCAAGAAAUACUUGUGUACAAGCCCAUCAUCCGUCCGUUGCUCCGACUCUUGGCUGCGUGUGGAGGUUGUGUCCCAGUUGAAGUGGAGAAACGUUUGGUUGUGCUUCUAAAUCAACUGUGUGUCUCACUUAUGCAUAAUCACCAGCUUCUAGAUUUCUUUUUCCAGUUCUCCAAUGAUCAAGGACCUACCAAGUUCAUGAUCUUUUCACUAUUACUGCCAUUUGUUCAUCGUGAAGGAGGCAUUGGACAGCAGGCAAGAGAUGCUCUGCUUCUCUGUAUGGCUCUCUCUGCUUCACAUACCUCUGUGGGCCAAUAUAUUGCACAGCAUUCUAAUUUUUGUCCUGUUUUAGCUGCUGGUCUCAGUGGCCUCUAUUCUACGUUACCACGUACUUUGACUAUUGAGUCAGAUGGUUGGCAUCGCCUAAGUCCAGAGGACAUAAGUGAUAUUUCUCAACUACAGUUGUUCCUGAAUUCUCUAGAAUUUUGCAAUGCAGUUGUACAGGUUGCUCAUCCGUUAGUAAGGGAACAGUUAGUGGAGUUCUUGUAUCAAGGAUUCCUUGUUCCUGUGUUGGGGCCUGCGCUACACCAGGGUGGCGCAGUCAAUGGGGAUAUCAGCGCUCACAACUCUCCUGUUUUUCUGUCUGUUGUUGGUGAAGUUGUUGCAGCCACUGCAUACGUAGAGCUGUGUUUACGAACAGUAACCGAGCCAGAGCUGAGGAGGGUAUUCCUGGCCUUCCUCCUCACUUCUCCCAAAAAUCCAGCCUUGGAACCUCCAAUCAUAACUAUACUCAUCUCAAGAUUACACUCGCCAAAUACACAACUGUGCCUGGUUACUCUUAGUCUGUUUUGGACUUUAGUGGAACUGAACUGUGAAGACUUAAUGAUAGCACUUGUUUUCCAAUAUCUUACUCCUUGCACACAUGUUAUGCUGUCACAGAGGUCACGCCUUACACAACCCCCACACCCUGGAGCCCAUGCAUCGCAUAGGCUUUUGCAACUCAUGCCUGCUGUAUGCCAGGUUGAAACCCAGCCGAAGAAACCUGAGAGUGGAGACUCCUCUCAAACACCGCAAACAUCACUAUCACCUCAGCCAUCACCAACGACUUUAACAGUGCCACAACAUCAUCGAUCACUCUCUAACACAUCAUCUUGCUCAUCAGAAAGUGACUCAGUCUUUGAACAGCAGACCCCGUAUUCUGACUACCUACAAGAUGCCCGUUCAAGAAUAGAAGCAGGGACUAUUGCCUGUGGCUGUUGGGUAUGGAGGUAUGAUGGUCUUAGUCCUACUCCAACUCAAGCUAUGGAGAUGUUGGAUGUGGCACGCGCUAACCCACCUGUAUUAUAUUCUAAGCCACGUGCCCACUCUGACCCAGUACCAGUUCAUUCUUCAGACUUGCCACAAGCAGAGGCCAAAGUUCGAAGUGUAAGUCUACCCUCAGCUAUGGGUAGUAGAGAGAAAGGGGAUAGUAAUGAAACAAGACCAGUGGUUAAUGGUAUAUGUGAUAAUCAUAACAAUGAUGCAAGAGGGGCACACCAUGCAGCUGCAGCAGCAAGAGGUGUUGAGAGAGCUGCUGGGGUUGGAGGUGAAGAGGAGAACCUUGACUCUCUUGGAGAAAGCAGUGGAUAUGAAAGCUUCAACAUUAGGGCAUCUCGAGACUCCUCUCCUGCCCAUAGUUCCCAUGGCUCACCCAGAAACCGUGUAGUCCACCAUGAGUCACCAAGUUUAGAAGAAGCAUCUUCUCAGGGCUCACCAGGAGAUAGAGGACCCAGAGAAAGAAAAGGGUCUGUGUUGAGCUCAGAGGAAGAUCAAGAAUUCAUGGAUACACUACAGAGAUCAUCAACUCCCACUGAAAUGACAGGCCUAGAAGAAACAUUGUGUGAAAUUGAGCAAGCAUUCACUGCAUUUAAGAUUUUCGAUGUGAGCUCAUCAACAUCAUAUAACAAAGUGUUUCGGCUAGAGAUGACAAGCGAUGAAGCAGACUGGGACAAUCAGCCUUGGCAGAGUCAUGAAUCCUCCCCGCCUGAGGCUAUGGAGAAAGUCUCAUUGACAGAGCCAUCACAGUCGAGACCAACGAUAGGACCCUUUUUGGAGGCAUUGAUGUUACGAAUAGAUCAGAUGCUCACCUCCAGUAUUCAUGUGAAUUUGUUGGUAACUACAGUUGUUAGUCGUCUAGCAGCUUACCCAACCCCACUUUUAGCAUCACUCCUCCUUGAUUCCUCCAUUGUCUUCCAGCCAUCCGUGCGUUCACUAGUGCAGGUGUUAAGUGGUCUGAAGCAGAAAAUUGAUGCUGCCCUGUUACCUGAAGAGGCUUCUUUACUUGUAGAAGCUCGAACUUGGUUCAUAACUAGACUGAUCAUUCCCCGCUUCAAUCCUUCAAGACCAAGAACUCCAUCAACAGCUUCAUCUCCAGACACGUCACUUAUUAGGGGAGAAGGGAAGCGCCGAAGCCUUUCUCAGACGAUGAAUGCUCUUUUCCGCCGCAAUACUCCAGAGCAGCAGCCUUCGAUUAAAGAGAGUCCACUGGAGAUUUUAGAUGACAGGUCUGGUUGUAGGUAUGUAAAACGAGCAUCUGUGUCAACGGUGGACAGCAGUACAAGUACUGGCACAGCAGGUCAGAAGCGACAUGCUGCAAGAUGUGCAGUGCUUGUACGAGAUUGGCUGCUUGAACUGUCAGCUCUGGCUCAAGAGCACACUGUGGCCGUGCCAAGUAUUGAAUUUAGAUUUCCUUCUAGUUGACAAUGACCUUUUUAUGCUUGGUGCUUCUUUGCUCUCUUUUAAUGAUCAUGUGCACAUUACUAUCAAUAUAUUGUAAAGUGAUGCAUAAAGUAGUCACUUUUUUGUAAUAUUUCUUUUUAUCAAAUCAAAUACAACUUGAGCAAGCAUGGCAAGCCAGCUGUUUGAUAUAUCACCCCUAAUUUUGUAGAGGACAUGUCCAUAAAUGAAUAUUUGUAAUUUUGAUUACUUUUGCGUACUCAUUAUGGAAGAAUUCUAAUCUAUGCAAAUGAUCUAGCAUUGUUAUUUUUUCAGUUUUUAAAUCACAGUUGUCAAAGAACCAUAUAAGAUAUAUGCAAUAACUGAGUGCUUCUUGGAGCUUCUUUUAUGAUAUGUUGAUAUUAUGUGUGUUUUUAGUAUUGACUGGAAAGGUUGAAAAGUUAGUGCUUAGUUUUUGCCAGUAAAUAAUUUUGAAAGGAAUACAGUUCAAUUGCAAACAACUCAUAUGCAAAGACAGAUUUUUGACUCAUUACUCUCCAAAGACAGUAGUUUUAUUGGCAAAAUAACUUACUUUUGUGUACAUAUUUAUACAUACAUAUAUAUAUAUAUAUCUAUAUUUUAUGGCAAAUGAAAGGCUACGAUAGCCAUUAUUGUCAUAUCACUGGAAUACUGCAUUACACCGGGACCUAAAGAUUGUUGUGAAAGUGUUUAUUCAUGUUCAAAACACCAAAGAGAAAACAGUCAUAAUAUACUCCCUGCACUGACUCAUGAUAAAUACAACAAUCUGUGUGUUUCAAGGCAUUUCGUGGAAAGAGUAAAAGACAGUCAGCAACUUUUUUUUUUUUUUUCUCUCUCUCUCUUUUUCUGUCUCCAUCAUUUUCCAUUUUCCUUUUAACUUAAAGAGCAGUGAUUUAGGUGAUCUUGCAGUUUAUAAAUUUAUUUUGCCUUGGCUCUUGUGUUAAUAAGUCAGCCCAUCUGAUAUGAUUUUGUCUCAUUUUGUGUGUUUUAUGCCAUGUUUAAAACAUCCCAGUUAAUUCUCCCUCCUUUUUGUGUAUGUGAACUUCCUCCCGUCCAGUACACAUUAGUUAUAGAGUGGCAAUAAAACCACCUUUAGAUGCUUUGUUAUGUGUUGGUUUUAUAUGUGGUUAAACAGGAUGUUAUUUUUAUUUCUGAUUAAUAUAUUUCUUAAAAUUUAUCUUGUUUUGAAUAUAUAUACAUAUAUGUUUCAUAUUUUUGUUUUGUUCAAUUUUUGAUCCAUUGAAAUGUUGGAUUGUACUCUCAAACUUCAUCCAGCAUCAUAUAUAUCAAUUUUUAAAUUUGCAGGCCUCAGUAGAGUAACUGCUAAAAGAACAAAUGAACAUUUCACAAUGGUUUAUUUUGAUAUGCAGCAUAAUUCUAUGUAUGGGUAAUUUUCACUGUUAGGUGUCUAUAAUAGCAAUUUAUUUGAAGUUUGAGGGGAAAUCCUCUUGUGAUAUUUUUAUUUUUUGAGUAAUGUAAAAUUUACGGAUUGUUCUCUUAAACUUUUAACCAGUGUGGCAAAUUAUGCUUGCUGUGGGAUUCUUCCAUGGAAAAUUUUAUGAUAAAUAAAGUCACAAUAUUACUAAAACAAAUUGUUUAAUUUUAGUUGUAUUUUGUUAACUAAUAUUUGGCAGCAAAAAUUAUUUGUUAUAUGUUCUAAUGUUUGACAUUAGAACCCCAAAGUGUGAUCUCAUCCAGGUUCUUUAAGUUGUAUUCGGUCAUUCAUCUGAGAGGAACUCUGUGAAAGAAAGAUGUGGGUGGUUUGUAUCUUGUGUAAUUUGGAUAUUCCAAAAUAUUGUGCAGUUUUGAUUUCUAACAGCAUUAACAUUUUGUUUGGGAGCAGUGGUUGUAAAAUAUCUUAAUCUUAUAAUGCUAGGAAACAACCCUUUUAAAACAUGCAUUUUAUUUAAAGAUCAUUGCCACAUUGGAUGAAAUUUGAUGUAGUAUGAUUCUCUUGAAUAUAUUGCUACCCUUUUAGAAAAUUAAACUGGAUUCUCUGACAUGUAUGUAGAAUACAGUAUGUGAUUUAUGCAAUUAAAUAUAUUCUUGGCA